UCAGGCAGCCAUGUUGGAUCUAAUAAGGAAUGAUGUUUUGCGGGUCAGCCGUCCUGACCGUUGAGCCGUAAUGGCGUCAGUGGCGCAGCAAGAUAGCUGGUGGUAAUGAAAAGCUUCUGGGACGAGGGCGGGGGCGGACUCACAGAGACGGUUUCCGGGUUUCCCUUCCUGGGCUGGGACAGCGGCAAGAGGCAAAAGCUCCAGUUGAUUAACAAUAAUUCAAAGUUACGUCCAGGCUCGUCAGCCAUCCAGUAAACAGUAGCGAUGUCUCAGUCUGGAGAGAAAGGGAAGUUCCCAGAUGCAGCAGGUUAUGUAGGGUUUGCCAACCUCCCAAACCAAGUGCACCGAAAAUCAGUGAAAAAAGGGUUUGAAUUUACCCUUAUGGUUGUUGGGGAGUCUGGCUUGGGAAAAUCAACACUUAUAAACAGCCUGUUUCUCACUGAUCUCUACCCUGAACGCUACAUCCCUGGUGCCGCAGAGAAGAUUGAGAGGACGGUGCAGAUUGAGGCAUCAACUGUGGAGAUCGAGGAGAGAGGAGUAAAGCUUCGCCUCACCGUGGUUGACACCCCUGGAUACGGCGAUGCCAUCAAUAGCCAGGACUGCUUCAAGACCAUCAUCCAGUACAUUGACAAUCAGUUUGAGCGAUACCUCCAUGAUGAGAGCGGGCUGAACCGAAGACACAUAGUGGACAACAGGGUGCACUGCUGCUUCUACUUCAUAUCUCCAUUUGGACAUGGUCUAAAGCCUCUGGAUGUGGAGUUCAUGAAGGCCAUCCACAGCAAAGUCAACAUAGUCCCAGUCAUUGCCAAGGCUGACACACUGACACUGAGGGAGAGGGAUCGCCUGAAGAGGAGGAUCCUGGAUGAGAUCGCAGAGCAUGGGAUCAGAAUUUAUCAGCUACCUGACGCCGACUCUGACGAGGACGAGGAGUUCAAGGAGCAGACCAGAGUCCUGAAGGCGAGCAUUCCCUUUGCUGUGAUUGGUUCCAACCAGCUGAUUGAGGUGAAGGGGAAGAAGAUCCGUGGUCGUCUCUACCCCUGGGGAGUUGUUGAAGUGGAGAACCCUGAGCACAAUGACUUCCUCAAACUCCGCACCAUGCUUGUGACCCACAUGCAAGACCUCCAGGAGGUAACUCAGGAUCUGCAUUAUGAGAACUUCCGUUCAGAGAGGCUGAAGAGAGUGGGCAGGGAUGCGGAUGAGGAUGUGAUGGACAAGGACCAGAUCCUGCUACAGAAAGAGGCCGAGCUGAGACGCAUGCAGCAGAUGAUCGCUCAGAUGCAGGCACAGAUGAAGAUUAAAUCAGAUGAAUGAAAGAGUCAGAGCAGAAGGGAAACACGGUGAUACCAACCCCCUCAACACACACACACACACACACACACACACACACACACACACACACACACACACACACACACACACACAUACGCACGCACACAAACACACGUGCACAUACCUGGUCCUCUGAAUCAAUCACUGCCUGCUGCCACGCUGCAGGUCCACCAGGAGUCAAGGUAUCCAGGAUCAAAUCAUCUUUAUCUGCACACCACUUCUUCUUCCCUCCAAACAUCCAUCCAUCAGCUGUUCAUAAGCUUCUUGAACAUCUUGUCAAGACUCCAGUUACAAUCCACAUAUCUUAUUUUUUGUAUAAGUUACAAGUUUGCCGAGUUGGACUGGGAAAAUAAAAAAUAAAAAAGUGAACACAACAAUGUUUUAAUACUGGAUGACUAUCAUAGACAUAUCCAUUAUUUAGUCUUUGAUCUUAACUAUGACUCCAAAGAGCUGCCAGUGAUAAUGGUACUAAGAUGUUUUGCCAUCACACUAUCUUAUUUACAAAAAUAUAUGUAUGAAUUAUGCAUUUUGCUGAAGUGCAAGCUUCAGAUGGCACCAUUUUCCAUUUAUAUUGCUAUCAGGUCCAGACCGGUUUUGAACAUAUUUUAAUUUAACAUGUUUUCUGUUAGCUUAUGAGCACAUCACCCAUCAGCCCAUCACCUUUACCUCUGGAUGGUUUCAGACCUUCACUGCGUUAGUCUAAUACUGCAAUAACUAUAAAUAUUAUCACAGUGAAAUGCAAGUGUGGUUGUGAAUGAUGUAAACUGUCCAUGCAGAGAACGAGGAAUGCUUUGUCCCUAAUUGUGCUACUAGAAACCUUAUUUUGUAGCCAACACUACAAACUUAAGUCUAGGCAUUUUAUUAGGCCUUUAAGCUGAAAAGCUACUAUGCAAGUAGUCAAACUAAUACUAUUUUGUUAUAAAGAGACACACCAGCCCUUAGGAUCAUGUUAUAGUUGAAUUAAAGUGCCAUCUUGUUAAUAUUUUCUGUAUUUAUCAUCAAGAGCUGCAUGAUCUCAAUGUCAAUGCCAUAGUACAACUACAGACUGAAAACUAAUCGCACUAUUCAGUCCAGUCACUUAAUGUGUCCAUAUUUGUUUCAGUGAUGACAUUUAAAGCUACAGUAGGCAACUUUGAUAAAAAAUAUUUUAAAAUUUGCUUACACGAAUCAGAUCAUCUGUGGACAAAAAUCCACCUCCCUCUGCCUCCUCCUGGUGUUCCUAAUGGCAUUAAGAAAACAACCAAACUUCAGCUAAACUGCACACUAAAAUAUGUUUCUGAAAACAGAAUAUUGAUUCAUAUUUAAUCAGUUUGACUGCAGUUCAUGAACAGUCAUUGACACUGCGUAGAGAUUCCUCUGCUCUGAUUGGUAGUUAAUCUUGGAAACUUAGGAAGGCAGAGGAACAUGAUUUUUUUCAAAGAUUGUCUGCGUAAUGUGCUACUGUUUUCAGCAAAUAUGGCAAAAAGUUGUUUUAAAAAAAUUGUACCUACUGAACCUUUAAAUGUGUAGAACUGUCUAACUACAUGUGCAGCCUUUCAUCAUACUGUAUUUGGGCCCAUUUAGGAAUAAUAUAUAUUUAACUGCGCCCUCCAACCUUCUGUUUAGCAGUGCUAUCUAACUGUGCUGUCAUUGAUGUGUUGUUGGCAAUAUUUUAGUUUUUCUAUCUUUUUGCUUUUGUAUGCAAAUCUGUCUUUUGAACUUAUUGAGACACACAUUUUUAUUAUUUCUUAACCAUAUGUCAGUAAAGACUUGUUUUAAGGCGUAAACAUUUUUUUGUAUUUUUCUCUGAAAUAAAAUUUGUUUAAAGAAAAGAAAGUU